CCACAAUGCCUCACUAUGUGUUGACACGCAGUAAUGGCGGCCACCGCUCGGAACGUGGAGAGUGUCACAGGGCUUUUAGAGAACUCUUUAUCUACACUGGGAUUUGAAGUUUACCCUCUAAAGGUUGGCUGGUAUAACUCGCUGCUGCCUGCCUCACUGCGUCUGGCCUCUCCAGAUGACAGCCUGGCUCUGGUGGUGCUCAGCACUCCUGCCAUGUUUGAACUAGCCUUCCUGCCGUUCAUGGAGGAGAGGGGCUGUCAGGGAGUGACAGACCCCAUAGACCAGUGUGUCAAACACUGUGUCACUUCAGCUAUCUCACAGUGUUUCCCAGGACAGACGCUGGAUGUGAGAUUCGACUACGAGCUGCUUCCCAGCAGGAAACCAAAGUUCUUGGCGCAGACUGCAGCUCACGUGUCUGGAGCAGCUUUCUACUACCAACAGUCUGACGUCACAGAGCAUCCCUGGGCUGAAAGAAAGAUGUUUGGUGUGUGCGUGCAUCCCAGGUUCGGUGGCUGGUUUGCCAUCAGGGCUCUGCUGGUGUUUGGAGAUGUGACACUGGGCUCCGAGGUGGUGCAGCCUCCUCCUCCUGACUGCGUGCCCACCAGAGAGGGAAGGAUACAGCUGCUGGAGGCUUUUAACCUCCGCUGGCAGGACUGGAGCUACAGAGACAUCGUCCCUCCCAUCCAGACCUACUCUCAGAAACAGAGGGACUACUUUUCCACUCCCCCCGCUCAGCGCUUUGCUCUGCUCAGGAGUUGGGGCCUCCUGCCGAAGGAGGACCACCAAUCUGAAAGCAGCUCGCCCGCACAGAGCGGGGAGGCCGGACACGGCUGAGAGAGAGGAACAGCCGCAGCCUGGACGUACAGACGAGUGACAAAUUAACGGAACCAUUUGCAAAGAUACAGGAUGACAACACUCCCAUCCAAAGGUCACGAGGGGUCAGUGAAUGGUGGGAAGAUGAUCAUGAGUAUGAAAAUGAUGUGAAUCAUAUGCUCUGGUAUUCAAAGUCACCAGAUCUCCACCCAUGGUAGAUUUUCAACCAACAUGUUAAACAUCAUUCUGUACCACCACCAUCAGAACACAGAACCAGUGGUGUUUAUCCGUCUGGUAGAGUCCAGACACUUGUAGCAUCAUUGCCAAGGGGAACUGAAGCUGUUCUGGGAGCUCGUCGUGGCCCAACACCUGACUGAGAAUCUGUAAAGCUGCUUUCAGUCAUACUCUUACAUUUUCUCCGGAGGAGGUGCGUCUGUGCAGAAAUCCUCCCACUGCGUUGUCUGUUUGUGAUGGGCAAAGUGUGGGCAAAGUCCGGAUCGAAUUCUCCAGAUUUUACCCACAGAUCAUGUCUGAAAUCUUGCCUUUUUCUUUAAAUUUGCCACCCGUCUUUAUUUCCCAUUCACUAUGAGAACAAACCUCCACUGCUGGUCAGACUUGUAAUGAAAUUUAGUUUGAACCCGAUCGAUCAGCUGCAUAUUGAGACCAGAGCUAAGAUGCUGAUCUAAGCUGAUUGUAAAGGUUAUGUGAAAGCUAUUUUGUAGUAUGUGGGGUACUUUCCCAGGACUUGUAUAAGAAUGGUUAUUCACACUACUUCACACUGAGUAAUAUUUGCCUGAAUAAAAGGCAACUACUCUCAUUGUUUGAUUUCAUGAAAUCCUGAUGUUGUACCAAUUCAUACAUAUUGUAUGAAAUCAAUGGUCAGGGCCUUGUUGCUGUUCCUUUAAAAAGACAGUUAAGAGCUGAAUAUAAUUUCUAUUUGAGUACAAUGUUUAAAAUAUCAUGUUGAAGUGUGGGGAAUGUUCUAGAAAUCUAAAUUUUAUCUUAUUGUGAGAACCAGUCUUGAAACAUUUGUUCUGUCAUGUGCCACAAUAUUUUGAAGAAUGCACUUUAUUAAAACUGUAGAUGUUUAUGAAGAAGCGAAGGAUUUUAUUCACUACAUUGGAUUGCUUGAUUUAUUCAAUAUCUUAAUAGUGAAGCUUUAAAUAUAUUUAAAAAAGAGUUGUGUGUGACUCAAUGGAUGUGUUUUUAAGAAAUGUUAAACACCACCAAGUAAGUAUGGCUAAAUGUAAAAAUGUUCAGCAUUUAAACAAAAUGUAAAUCCAUGAUUGCCGCUCUAAGUAAAGACAUUAAAAGGAUAAUUUCAGCAAGA